AUGAACAGCACCCCGAGGGAUGCCCAGGCCCCCGGACACCGCGAGGGCCUCCUGCCUUCUGUGGCCCGGACCCCCUCUGUCACCCAGGUCAUGCCAGCCAAGAAGAUAACUUUCCUCAAGCGAGGGGACCCCCAGUUUGCUGGGGUUCGCCUGGCCGUUCACCGACGCGCCUUCAGGAGCUUCGGGGCCCUGAUGGAUGAGCUCUCUCAGCGCGUGCCGCUCUCCUUUGGGGUGCGCUCCGUCACCACGCCCCGGGGCCUGCACGGCCUCAGCACCCUGGAGCAGCUGCAAGAUGGAGGCUGCUACCUCUGCUCCGAUAAGAAGCCCCCCAGGACCCCCAGCGGGCCGGGCCGGCCACGGGGGAGAAGCCCUUCUCAGCCGUCACGGGAUUUUGAAGGCUGCUGCGAGGCACCUGGAACAGCUUCUUCCUGCAAAAGUCUCGGAGCCCCGAGGAGGAUAACGCUGGUUAAGAACGGCGACCCUCGGUACCAGCAGACGGUGGUGAUCAGUCACAGAAACACCAGGAACCUGACGGCCUUUCUCAGCAAAGCCUCGGAUCUGCUGCACUUUCCCGUGAAGCAGGUGUACACAGCCGGUGGGAAAAAGGUGGACUCUCUGAAGGGUCUGCUACACAGCCCCCCGGUGCUGGUAUGUGCCGGUCACGAGCCCUUCAGACCUCUGGCAGUGGAAGAUGUCAGAAGAAAUGGAAGUGAACCUUUAUCUGGGCAGAUUUCAAGGAGCAAAAGUGGGAGCUGGGAGCCAAGAGCCAAGCAGAGUGUGAUCCAUGCGCGGUCCAGGCCAGGCAGCAGGCCACGGCAGUUUUCCUUGCCGUCCGAGAGGUCUGGGCUCAGUGACCCCUCGGUGCCUCUGCAUCGUGCCUGCAUGUGCCCAGCUCCUGACAAGCACCCUCAGGACACACGUGCCCAGCUCGGCCCGUUGGCAGCCGGUGAAGACAUCGAGAAGGACGUGCGCGUGAACGAGGACGGCAGCUUGUCCGUGGAGAUGAAAGUCCGCUUCCACCUACUGGGGGAGGACCUGCUCCUGUGGUCCAGGAGGGUCGGGAGGGCCAGCAGGCUCACAGCGGCCAGUGGGGAGGGCCCCGUCCUGGGGGAGGCAGAUCCCCUCGGCUGUGUGUGGAGGGGCCCCCCUAGGUACCCCUCGGAGCCUGGGGCACAGGGACUGGCGCCCUGCGAGGCAGGAGGUGUGGGAGCCUUUGACCGAGGCCGGUGGCAGCCGGGGUCUAGAUAUGAGAUCUGGAUGAACCCCCUUUAUGCCCCCCAGGGAGAGCAGACAGCCUCUCAGAGGAGGUCUGGGCUGACCCCGAAGUCCCACUCCAGGACCCCCAGGAGCCAAGGGGUCGCCAGCCGGAAAAGCAGGAGCGAGGACAGUGCCGGCCCUUCCUCCAGUGACAGACCCCCUGACGGUUCUGAGACCAACUCUUCCUGCUGCCCCAGGUCCCUGGAGGAUGGGGUGGGCAGCUGUGGCCCACAUCUGGCCUCGGGGGCUGGUGAGGGCACAGGCGAGGGAGCAACGCCGGGCCGCAGGGAGCUCCAUGGCGGCCUGAAACCCGGGACCCGAGGCCCGGCAGACGCUUUUCCCGACUCCUCGGCAAGCGGCGGGUCUCACGGGGAGUCCAGUGAAAGGGCUGAGCUGCACCAGGGCCGCCCCAGCAAGGAGAGCAGGGCCGUGACUUCCUGGGGGGCCACCCGGGGGGGAGGCCCCGGCCCGCCCGCUGGGAGCCCCUCGUCUGUAAGGAAAGAGGGCCCGCGGGCAGAGGAGCGUGGACAGGGCGCCGGACAGCCCCGGGCAGCCUCUGGGGAGCGUGGACAGGGCGCCGGACAGCCCCGGGCAGCCUCUGGGGAGGGUGCAGGAGGCCACUCCCCACCUUCCGCCUGUGCCGCAGCCCCAGGCAGGAGCGGAAAGCAGGAGAGCAGAGCCAGCGGCCUGUCCUCACCCAGCGUUUCCGUCCUCAGCCGAGGGUCCCAGAGGGGCCGCCCCAGGCAGCACCACCACCCAAAGGACACCCACUGCCCACUCGGCUCGCCUGUGUCCAGGCCAGUGCCGGGGCCUCCCAGCAGAGGCAGGGACCGCCCAGACAGCCCAGCGCCUGGCCCUUCCGGAAGCCCACACAGCCCCAGGAGCCGGGCCUCCCGGCACCCGGGGCCCCCCUUCUCUGCCUCUCUUCCUUCCCGCGACACGCGAGGGCGCAGCAGCGUUCCCAUCACCCCCGUGAGCAAUUCUGACUGUGUUUCCAAUUUCCACCCCCCAAACUCCCCGGCUGCUGAGACCGAAGGGGACUCCGAGGUCAGGGCGUGCUCACCAGCUCCCACACCUUCAAACACAUCUGGCUCUUUCCACUGCCAAGCUGAUGGCCCGGGUGAAAAGGCAGGGGGUGACAGUCCCAAGCCUCCCUGGCCCUUGGUGCUGCCAGUCGGGUGGCCCGAGGGAGGGAGGCCAGGAGCGCACCGGGACAGCUGCUGCCCGCGGCUGCGCGCGCCCCCGGCCCUCGGGCCCCCCGGUGGGAAGACGCGGUCGCUGCCAGCCUCCCCGUCUUGGGGCGGCCAGGGGCCCUUCUCUGAGGCCUGCUUGGUGUGCAGCAGGUGCUGUCCCAUGCCUCCCAAGCCACGGCCCUCGGGCAGGAAGCGUCCUUUGUGUAGCCUCAGCCACAGCGAGGGCAACCCCAGUGCUGACGGGGAGCCGGGCGGGGCCGAGGCGGGGGAGGAAAGGCUGGACGUGGGGCCCCCUCGGCCCCCUGGCUCUCUGGGAGGGGCCGUGGGGAGAGCAGUCAGAGCCGUGAGAAGGGGCGGCUCCCACCGCGCUCCCAAGCUCGGGAGAACGUUCCAGGAGAAGGUCUCGGGUGGAGGAGACGGCCCGGAGGAGCAGGAGGAAGGCGGCUGCGUGAUGCUGGGUGCCCUGCCCCGAGCCUCCCCGGGGGCCGUGGUCCGUGCAUGGCUGAGCAACAUCCCGGAGGAGCCCGUCAAAUACGAGAUGGCGGACGAGGGCGAAGGCACGGCUGGGCGCGGCCCGGAAGGUCCCGAGGAGGACCCCGUUGACAAACAUCCCCCAGACGGCCCGGAAGGAUCAGUGCCGGCCAGACAACUGCCCCCGGAAGGGGUGGCCAGCGAGAAAGCAGAACCAGAUGCAGCCCUCCCGGUGACCGGCAGUGCUGGUCCCAAGUCGGGAGAGGGCCUGCCUCGCAGCGGGCUUCCAGAAGCCCCCGCGGAGGCUGGCAAAGGCAAAGGGGCGGCCGUGGACCGUGCGAUGGGCCAGGGCGUGCUUCCCGGUAGCGUCCCUUCCUCCGUACACGUCAUGAAGGCGCUGAUGGGAUCCAGGCCGGGCCGGCCCCGCAGCGUGCCAGAAGUGCCCAGCUCGGCAGGCAGGAGGCUCGGCCGCUCGGCCCAGGCCCUCAUCACCUGUCUCGCCCGGCUCCGCUUCUCUGAUGAUGACCUCGGGCCUCCCGCUGGCAAAGUGAGGUUCCCAGACUCUCCUCGGUUCCAGGAGCUCCUGAGCACCUUCCAGGCCCUGUGGCCGGGGAGUGGCCUUGGGCACAGAGAGCUGGACUCGGGCCUCCAGGAGCUAGGCUGCGGCCAGGCCCUGCCGGCCCUUGCGUCCCACGCUGCAGCUGAGGACUCCACGCCAACAUCCUCCUCUGGUGUGGAUGUUGGCAGUGGUUCCGGAGGCUCGGGCGAGGGCCACGGGCCCUGCACCGUGGACUGCGCCCUGGUCCCCGAGGGGAUGGGGCUGCCCUCAAGCAUCCCCUGCCAGAGGCCUGACUCCAGAAUCUCAGGGGACCCAGAGGAUCCGGGAAACCAACAGCCGAGUGGCUCCAAGGCUGGUGGUGCCUCCAGCGAGGACGAGGCAGAAAGAAACAGCGGGGAGCAGAUGUUGGACAGUGACCUGGACCAAGGUGUUAAAAACACGACGCGGGAAGAGGGGGUGCAAUUAGAGGAGAUAAAAGAGGAAAAAGAACGAGCAGAACUGCAGGAAGAGGGGGUACAAUUAGAGAGAAUAAAAGAGGAAAAAGAAAGAGCAGAACUGCAAGAAGAGGGUGUGGAAGGGUUUCCUGAAGAGGAAGGAAUCACAGGACGAGAACUGUCGGGGGCCGGCUCUCAGGAUGGGGCGGGUGCCAGGGGAGACAAGAGCCUGCAGGAAGAGGAGGGGGACCCCACCUCGGCCACGCUGAGCCCUCCGGGGGCGAGGGAGAGCCCGACAGAGCGCCCCAGGAGCCUCGGGGAGAGCGACCCAGACGCCAGCGGGCGUCAAGGUGGCCCCGACGCCGAGCCUUCUUUGGAGAAGUUGUCCACGGCAGCUGAGACAGGCUGUGAGCAAACCCAGGCCAAGCUCACCCAGGGGGCGGGGGAGAGGGGCACUUCCACAGCCCGCAGAGGGCCUCUGGACCCUGACCCCCUCUGGGUGUCCAAGUUGCUGAAGAAGAUGGAGAAAGCCUUCAUGGCCCACCUCGCCACUGCCACGGCCGAGCUCCAAGCCCGCUGGGGCCUGGAGAGCAACGACCUGCUGGACCGGAUGGUGGCCGAGCUGCGGCAGGACGUGGGCCGGCGGCUCCAGGACGGCAUCGAGAAGGAGCUCCGCAAGGUGCAGAGCCGGGCGGGGGGCACGGCGCCGGGGCCACCCAGGGAAGCCCUCCGCUGGGAGACGCCCCUGCAGACCGAGCAGUACAGGCGGCACCUCCAGGGCCUGAGUGACCUCUCAGCUUUCUCCGAGCACACGCAGGGCCGGGGGCCCCCCUCCUUCUCCCUGGAGGAUGUGCCAACCUUCAGAGGAGCCCUGGGGACCCGGCUCGGGGAGCAGGCUGAGGAGGAGGAGUUCUGUCCCUGUGAGGCCUGCGUGAGGAAGAAAGUGGUCCCUGCAUCCCCGGGGGACGCAGUGCGGGCAGCCAGUGGGCCCGUCAGAGAGGCCUUUGACCUGCAGCAAAUUCUGCAGAAGAAGAAAGGAAGAUGUGCGGACGGGGAGACAGCAGAGGCGGCCCCUGCGAAGAGGGGCAUGGAGGCCCUUGAGAAGGACCCCUCGGGGACAGACCCUGUCCGGGGAGCUGACAGAGGCCCUGAGCUGGGAUCAGGCCAGGGCCCCGGGGUGGAGGAGGGAGACGAGACCCUCAGCAGAGAUGAAGCCCCCCGGGGGGCAGAGGAGGGGGCAACUGCUGAGAAGAGAGAGAGGAAAACAGAGCCCUUUCCCCGGGCGGAGGCGACCCAAGUCCAGGAGGACACAACGCUGUUGCCGAAAGUGCCGAGGCCCAAGGAGCUGAAGGGAAGCGACAGCCAGAGUCAGGAGGAGGAAAUCAAGGUAAGAGAGAAGCGCGCCCUCAGCUUGGCCUCGGACACCGCCAGUCGCCACAUCAUCUCUGGGAAACUGCCCUCAGCUCUCUCAGAAAAGCUCCGAAGAUGA